UUCGACUUGAUCAAGCGUUCAGUAACGUUUGCCUGACUUCGACUCUCGCCUUCCCAACGGCAGUCUAAAAGCAACAACCACAACAACAAUCACAGCAAUGGCGUCCAUGCCCUCCACCUGCUGCGGCAAGAGCGCCGAGUGCAUCUGUGCCCAGCAAGCAACUUGCUCGUGCGGCAAGCAACCGGCUCUCCAGUGCAACUGCGACAAGGCCGCCUCCGAGAACUCGGUUGAGGGCUCCCGCUGCUCGUGCCAGGCCCGUCCUACCGGCCAGUGCAACUGCGCGCGCGCCGAGGCCGAGAACCUGACGGCGUGCGGUGAAGAGUGCAACUGCGGCUGCCGCGCCUCUGGUGACUGCGACGGCUCCUGCGACUGCUCCUCUACGGGCUCGGACGGUGGAUUCAACCCGGCGGAGCACGAGACGGACUUCACGACUAAGCACUAAGGCUUGGUCUAUAACUAUCGGAAAUCGAGCCCUUGGUGUUCGGUUACGGGUCUGCAAUUGACGGGAUGGCGGAGGUGCCGGUGUUUGCGGUGUUAGGAGUGUUUGAGGCGU